AUGCUAGGAUCUCCCAAAAUACUAAGGCCACACACACGACUUCGAAUGAACGACUUUUCCACGCAUAACUUCCUUUGGUCCACGGAGCCGUUCGAUGUCAAUGUGCAAGAUAUGAGUCUGCCGAUCAGGAUUAUUUGCCGUGGGAGAAGAGACAGAACGAUUGGACAAAUUUGGACUCAGAGAACCUCUCCAGAGGAAGGAGUUCCAGACGAGAAACAAUUAAUGCUAGUCACCCAAUUGGAAUUGUUAUUGGUAUUUCUAUCAAUAGCAGGGCGAAAUUGGCCGGUCAGCACUCCAAAAAUGGCUGAAUCUGCAGCACGGUAUCCGGACUUCUCGGGACAUACAACAGGAGUUAGAUGGGCAUUACGACAGCACUAG